AAGAUAUCCCGUGAGGAGCCUCAUUUCAUUCGACGCUUUGGAAAAUCCAUCGUGGCACUCAAGUACUCGUUCAGAGAGACGCCGACGAAAACGGUUACAGAAAUGAUCAGUGGCAUCACGGAGUAUCACAAGCGCUGGGAAAAAGCUGUAGCGGAGAACCGCUAUCACGAGGAUUUGAUAAAAAAGGUAAAAGAAGAUUUUCUCCUCGAGUUUGUUUUUCAUGUCAAUCGCGAAGAAGGACAUGGAAUCGCUACUUUCAAGGAUACUGAAAUCUUUCUUAGAAAUUGUUCUUCUGAAAGACGCAUGUCGGCUGGCAGUUCCUUCUCCCUUGAAGAACAAGAAACAGUAAACUUAAUUAAUGCUUAUGAAAGCUUGUUAGAAAAAAUUAAGAGUGAAGAACGAACCAGUGAUUAUGGACUCCUGGAGGUCGGUUUACUUAAAGAGACUCACCGUUUGAUACUACAGAAUAUUCCCCAGCCUGGAGGUUUAACAAAACCCGGAGAAAUGAGUAACAAACCAAGAGUUACAGAAUUUAAAGGGGAGAUAUACCUCUACGCAAAUCCAGACGAUAUGGAAAGUACAGUCAUUAACUUACUUGACAAAUACAACUUUCUUUAUGAUUCCUGUAUCGAGGAGAAAGGAGGACCCAACGAAGAUAUUGAUGUUUACAGCUUACUGAAGACAUGUUCGUGGUUUUUGUUUGAACUUCUUGAUCUGCACCCAUUUUCUGAUGGAAAUGGAAGACUUUGCCGCAUUCUUAGUAGUUACUGCUUGUCAAAGCUUAAUCCAUUUCCCACACCAAUUUACAAUGUCUGGACAAAUUCAUGUAAAGGUGAUUACAUUGAAGCCUUGGUUGAAGCCAGGAAGUCACCAGACAGACAGCCUUGUGCUCUGACUACAAUGAUAAUUGAGUGCACCUACUAUGGAUGGGAGAAAUUUUUCAAAGCCUUGCAAGGAUCAACCGAUGGAAAUUAUGUCACAGGAAACUCCAGAAAAGUUGACAAGUCAUGCUUAACUCAGUCAAACUCUUACAGUAAUAUCAAACAUUUAUUUGAAGUUCCUACCCUUCCUUGUGUAGCCUCAGUUCCUUGUUAAGAUGUUUUCUAAAAAACUUUGAAUGAAGGUGCAUUUACUUGCUAUCACUUACUUAUACUAUUGCUGUAUUUGUGUAAGUAUUGUGAGUGUGAGUUUAAGUGUGGUAGAGAAAGGAGCUGGGCCUUGGGGUUUGUGGGGCAUUGUCUCAUGAUCACUUUAGAAGUGUCUUCCACCAGCUUCCCCUAUCCAGCUUUAAUAUUUCCCCUCCACAGUGAGUUUUUGUUGUGCCACUGUUUGAUUGUACAGAAAAUUUAUUUUUGUAUAGACUGGACAAGUUACUAUUAUUCUAUUGAUAAUAUUGUAUUUUGACUUUGGAAAAAAUGCUUUCUAUCACAACUUUAACCUCAGCAUCCAAUGCUCAACAGUUACAGUGUAGUCUGUUUUACUCUAUUACUAUUUCCCAAGAAUGUAAAAUGUAUUUCUUUACACAUAGUUUAUGGUUGAUCAGUAAGUUAAGACUGCAUGGUGAUCUUUCUAUCAAGUGGAUGAAAGAAGUUCAACCAUUUGGUGGGUUAUUGACUAAAAACAGAACUUAUUAAUGUUAAAGUUAAAGAGAAAGUUAUGGUCACUUUUUGUAAGAAUUAUUCUUUUUUUGAUGUCUUGGCUUAUUUUCAUAAUAAAUGAAUUACUCAUUAAUUAAA